CUUGCGACGAUCACACUCUGAUCGAUCGAUUAUUACCGGUUCCUCGGCUAUCAAACUGUGGAGCUCGCAGCGGCAUGUAGCUGGGAAGAGUUCAAUCUAAUACUUUGAUAAUUGGCAAGUGGGAGUUUUCCGGAGUUUUUUUUUCAUCGAUCUUCCGGCCUUGUGAUGGAGAAGAACGAGGUUUCGAGCUCUUUAACGAGCAGCUCCUAUGGUGCUUGCCGGAUGCUGAGAGAUACUCUGGCAGGGCAAAAAUGGCUUUCUGCUUGUUAACGCUGAGGAGGAAUUUCCGAAAGUUCCUAUGGACGGGAUCUAAAGGGAAGAGAUUCAUGUCGGCGGUUGCUACUGAGAUGGAGCUCGACUCAAUCAAUCCCAGGAGUUCGGGUCGGAAUCCUUAUCCACGGAGGAGUCUCAAGUCUUCGAUUUGGAUUAAGCUCACUGUCUUCAUUGGAACUCUGGUUGUUUUGUCGUCUGGAGUUUUAGCUGCUGUUUUAUGGCUCAAGACUCGAGAGCAGCUCUCGAAAGAGAUUGAAAGGCGUCUUGUGGCCGUAUCGAUUCUGAGAAGGGGGGAAGUUGAUGACUACUUCAUCGGUGAAAUUGACAAGAUGGUCUUGAUUUCUUCGAGGAUACAGAUUAUCAAUUAUUUGGCAAACCGGUCAGAGGUUUCCAAAGCCACUGCGGAGUAUGAUCUUCGGUCGGCUAUCUCGGCGAUUUCCGAAUUUAAGAGUGCUGCCAUCUUCGAUUCGAGUGGAAAGUUGCGGAUUGCCACUGAAGAUACUUUUGAGGAGAAACUACAGUUUAAGAAUCCCGAGAUGAAAAGUCCGGUGCACAUCGAGCUCCCCAUACUUGAAGGCAACACCUGGAGCUAUAAUAUUUCCAAAGGGAUUUACAUGAAUGACACUCGGAUUGGCAUGCUGAUUGCAAGGAUCAAUGCGACAACUCUUGCGGAUCUCAUUUAUGAAAGGAUCGGGCUGCAAAAGUCUGGAGAACUGCUCGUCGGGGUUCCAAUGAACAACAAAACUUUUCAUUUGGUGAUGCCUCCACGCAUGAAUCCGCAAGUCACAAGCUUGCCUUGGAAAACAGCGUUAGACGCUGCGAUGCAAAAGCGAUCCGGAGUGCUCCACCAACGUGACUACAGAGGAGUGAAGGUGAUAUGUGCCUAUACUCCAAUGGGAUACUCAAAUUGGGUGCUACUUGCGAAAGUAGACACGCGAGAAGCUUACGCUCCCGUUGACAAUAUAAAGAUUGUGAUAAGCAUUAUGAUCGUCAUAACGCUAAUACUUGGGAUUAUAGCUUCUCUAUGCGUUGCAAAGAUAUUUACUUCUCCUAUUAUCGAGCUUGGACGCGUCGCGGCAGCUCUAGGUGAAGGCGACAUGGGGGCGAGAGUAAACAUUGGAUGCGUCUGGUUUCGUGACGAGAUCCAUGAACUACAAGUGAUAUUUAAUAGCAUGGCUGACCAAAUAUCGAAUCACCAUGCCACACUCGAACAGAAGGUGUUCGAGAGAACUAGAGCAUUGGCACGGGCAAACGACGAGCUUGCCUCGGAAAUCGACGAACGCAAGCGAAUUGAGGUGGAGCUUCAAAUGGCAAAAGAUGCAGCCGUUGCUGCGGACAAGGCCAAGUCCGAGUUCCUGGCGAACAUGUCUCAUGAGAUCCGAACGCCUCUCAACGGUAUCAUCAACUGCACAGAGCUUUGUUUAGACACACGGACGUCUCUCGAGCAACAGGAGUAUUUGGAUCUCGUUAGAUUUUCGGCAAAGCAUUUGUUGAGAAUCAUCACUGAUAUUCUCGACUUCAGCAAGAUCGAAGCUGGAAAGCUGGAGAUGGAGGAGAUACAAUUCUCUUUGUACGAUCAGCUCGAGCAUGCGGUGUCUGUGCUGGCCGCUCGAGCACAUAAGAAAGGCCUUGAGAUUGCUUGGAGGGCCGGCCUGGACGUUCCAGAUCAACUUAUUGGAGAUCCUGGGAGGUUGUUCCAAAUAUUUGUGAACUUGAUAGGUAAUAGUAUCAAAUUCACUGAAAAAGGCGAAGUUGUGGUUUCAGCUCAAGUGCACAACAUCUAUCGUGAUAGAGUUGAACUUAUUUUCGCUGUGAAAGACACUGGUGUUGGCAUUCCAAAGGCAAAGCAAUCGUUGUUGUUUCAAGCUUUUUCACAAGUGGACUCGUCCACAACAAGGCUAUACGGUGGGACUGGACUUGGUUUAGUUAUCUCUUCCAAACUUGCUGCGGCAAUGGCAGGAAAAAUGUGGGUGGAAAGUGAAGGAAAAGGAAGCAUAUUUUACUUCACAGCUGCUUUUGACAUUCCACCCUCUUGCGAUCUUCCUUUGUCUCCAAAGAUCGAUGGCUUGAAAGGUAUCAAAGCUUUGGUCGUGGAUGAUCACAUCACGAGCCUUGGAAUCCUCGUGUCUAUGCUCAAGGCUUGGGGAAUGAUCGUCGAAACAAGUCUCACCGUUGAAGAUGCAAAACAUGCCUUGCAACUUGCUUCCCACUCGAAACCAUUUCAAGUCUUACUGGUGGAUUUAUGGCAGCCUGGAAGCAAAGCAGCAGAGCUAGUUCACUACGUGCAAGAGCGGCCGGGCCUGAUAGGAAAAAGCCGGAUCAAAGAGAUCAAAAGGCUUUUGUCAAGCGGUGGUAGCGUUGGGAACUGCUCUUCUACAAUCCAAAUGCUAGUCGAAGAAGUCGACCCGGAGUUUCCAGCGGGAACUCACCACACCGAUAGGCGGGCCUUCGAGAAAAGUGGCUCCUCGGAGCUGCCGCGGCUUGUCGACUCAACAGAAGUUCCUUCCAUUAUCAUGCUUACUUCGAUCGACCACACGGACGGUGAGAGGUGUCGGAAUCUAGGCGUGGAACUCUACACAUCAAAGCCGAUCAAGCGUGCUUUGCUGAUUCGUACACUACAAGCUGCUAUUGGAAUUCACAAGAAUGAUGCUCUAAGGAUAGAGCACUCGCAACAAGCUAAGCUAGAGGCUUCUCCGGAGGAACACAAAAGUCUCAAGAUCUUAGUAGCCGAGGACAACAUCGUCAACCAAAGGGUGGCCGUAUCACUGCUUCGAAAGUGGGGUCACUCGGCCGUGAUCGCGUGCAAUGGAGCCGAGGCAAUCGAGAAAGCAUCGCAAGAAACGUUUGAUCUCAUCCUGAUGGACGUGCAAAUGCCAAUCUGCGAUGGAUUCCAAGCGACCACCAAGAUCCGGGAGAUGGAGAAGAACAAAGGGAUGUCUUCCACUCCCAUCGUCGCCAUGACCGCUCACGCAAUGUUUGGAGAUGGCGAUCGCUGCAUCGCUGCUGGGAUGGAUGGCUACAUCAGCAAGCCACUAAACGCGAAGAAGCUCCAAGAACUGCUAGUGACAUCGUCAAAACUUUUGUAAAUAAAACCUGUAAAAUACUGUUCUUCAUCCAA